CUUUCUCUCUCUUUCUUUCUUAAAUAUUAUUGAAUGGCUAUUCGUACUUCUAUUCCUCCUCUUCAAUUACAGCCUUUGUUGUUUACACCAGAAGGAUCAGUGCCUUGUAGUCCAACACUCUCCCCUGCUGUUGUAACACAUACAAAUGCAACCACUCGUCAUCUUCAUACAAACGAUUUAAAUGCUGUGGAUUGCAUUGAAUUAACCAAAUUACUACAGAAUGUCGUUGCCUCCAAGAACCGCAGAAGACCUGUUCAACAAAAUGCUUCUACUUCUACAUUCAACAGCACUUCUUCUGCAAGCUCAACAACCUCUUCAAAUCCCGCUUUACCAUCUCAGUUUGUAUUCAAGAAACCAUUGUACAAUCAGCACUAUCAUCAAACACAUUUCCAUCAUCAUACCCCUCCUUCUCCACCACAUACCAUUACACCUACACCUACACACCACUCACAAGACCAACGUCAAAAAGAUCUCUUUUUAGCCUGGUCAGAUCUACGAAGAUUUUUUGCUCAACAACCACUUUCCGAUGACGACCAAAGAUUUGCAAAUCAAUUUAAACAAAAUAUCUCUGGUCGAUAUGGUCAAUGGGGUCGAUAUAUUGGCAAAGGAGCUGGUGGAUCUGUUCGCUUAAUUAAACAGCAUAACAAAACAUUAGCCGUAAAGCAAUUCCGCCCUAAAUUCCCUCAUGAAUCCGAAAAAGACUAUGUAAAGAAAGUUACUGCUGAAUUCUGCAUUGGCUCUACAUUACAGCACCCAAAUAUCAUUCAGACAUUAGAUCUUGUACAAGAAGAUGGCAAUCACUUUUAUGAAAUUAUGGAGUAUGCGCCCAACGACUUGUUUAAUGUGGUCAUGAGCGGCAUGAUGUCGCGAGAAGAAAUUGCAUGUUGUUGGCGUCAAUUACUGAAUGGCGUAGAAUACCUGCAUUCAAUGGGCAUCGCUCACCGAGACCUCAAGUUAGAUAACCUAGUCCUUGAUCAUAUGGGAAUUCUCAAAAUCAUUGAUUUCGGUUGUUCAACUGUAUUCAAAUACCCUUUUGAGAAUGCCAUUACCAUGACAAAAGGUGUUUUCGGCUCAGACCCGUAUAUUGCCCCAGAACAAUAUGUGCAGCCUGUGUACGACCCUCGAUUAUCAGAUGUAUGGUCAUGCGGUAUUAUUUUUGUCUGCAUGACAAUUAGACGUUUCCCUUGGCGACUACCGCGCAACUCUGAUCCUGCCUUCCGUGCGUUUUCUACCAAUUGCAAUCAACAAAAGUUUCGCCUGCUUAAACUUCUGCCACGUGAAUCUAGAUCCGUUAUGACAAGUAUUUUGGAGAUAGAUCCUUCUCGUCGCUGGUCUUUACAGGCUAUUCUCAAGGAUGAUUGGGUCAAGAACAUUGAUGUUUGCACAGUGCAUGAGCCUGGAACUCGUCAUAUUCACCAUGUUUCUAGUCUAGAUACCACUGUUCAACAGACAAGAGGCAAUUUAGUGGCCAUGACCCCUGAACCUCCAGGCGUAGUAGCAGAAAAAGAAAAAAGAAAACGUCAAUUACAGCAACCUCAAAAAUCAACUUAAAUUAUACCAUUUCGAUCAAGACUAAUAGAUGCAUACAUACACGCAUUCCCAAUAAAUCUUUUUCGUUUCUUACU